CCAGGGCCCGGAAGGACGCGUUACUGCAGUGGCCUGGAGACGGCGGUGAUGGAGCCGAGCCUGUGGUCCGGGGCAGCCAAGGGGACGGAGCCCGAGCCCGAAGGCAAGGGCGAGCGGUGCUGCCACUUCCUGGCCUGGAGCGCCGAGGAGGUGGCUGAGUGGGUGGCGCAGCUCGGCUUCCCUCAGUACGAGGAAUGCUUCAGGGCCAACGGCAUCACCGGCCGCCGCCUUAUCCACGUGAACUGCUCCAACCUGCCCGCCAUAGGCGUCACGGACUUCGACCACAUGAAGGAGAUUUCACGACAUGUGCGAGAGUUGCUGGGGAUUGAGGAGCCUCUCUUCACAAGAUCCAUUGCCCUCCCUUACAGAGACAACCGGGGUCUCUUCCUGGAGCGGAAGGCUCCGUCAGGAAAUAAAGCAGAUGCCCUUACAUUCUCACAGUUUAUCCAAGAAGCAGGGCUGGAGCCCUAUGCUACAGUUCCUCCUAAGCAAUAAUCCCAGACUGAGGUAGAAGCAGCUUCUUCCCCUGUAUCACAGAGUACCCAGAGGCAGGAUUAGAGACUGACACUGCACUUCCAUCUUUGUAAGAAGCCCAGCAGAGACAGCAGAAUAAACUGUUACCUUGCAGUUUGUACAAGGUGGUUCAGUUCUGCCUUCUCCUGAUAUAUAAAAGGCCAUUGCAGCUCUUGGCUAUUUGAUAACAGCAAACAUCCCCAUAUUGGCUCUUUUCUGCAUUUUCUUCCUGGAACUAAGUGAAGCAGAAGAUACAAAUCAGACUGUACCACUGUCUUUCACUUCUGCUUCACAAUUGAUUAAAAAGACAAAAAAACAAUCAUAGAUAUAUUCUAAUUACCAAUGAAUUAUAAGGA